AUGCGCGAGGGUGUUCCAGGGGGUGUAGCACAGUGUGAGCGCAAAGUAAACCCCCCCUCCUCUCCCAUCCUGCCCUCCCCUCCUCUCCCAUCCUACCCUCCCUCCUAUCCAAUCCCGCUCUCCUCUCCGCCCAUGUUCUGCACAACCAGUUCUGCACAACCGUUGAUCCACGCGGUCUCGUUCUUGUGGCGUUUCUACGUGCAAUCCUGGGCUCCCGAGUCCGCAGGCGUGGCGCACGGUGUGAGCUCCGGAAUCCGCAGGCGUGGCGCACGUCCUCUCCUCUCCAUUCCUGGCUUCAUCUCCUCUCCCUUCCUGCCUUCAUCCCCUCUCCCUUCCUGCCUUCAUCUCCUGUCCCUUCCUGCCUUCAACUCCUCUCCCUUCCUGCCUUCAUCUCCUCUCCCUUCCUGCCUUCAUCUCCUCUCCAUUCCUGACUUCAUCUCCUCUCCCUUCCUGCCUUCAACUCCUCUCCCUUCCUGCCUUCAUCUCCUCUCCCUUCCUGCCUUCAUCUCCUCUCCAUUCCUGCCUUCAUCUCCUCUCCCUUCCUGCCUUCAACUCCUCUCCCUUCCUGCCUUCAUCUCCUCUCCCUUCCUGCCUUCAUCUCCUCUCCCUUCAGGCCUUCAUCUCCACUCCCUUCCUGCCUUCAUCUCCUCUCCCUUCCUGCCUUCAUCUCCUCUCCCUUCCGGCCUUCAUCUCCUCUCCCUUCCUGCCUUCAUCUCCUCUCCCUUCCUGACUUCAUCUCCUCUCCCUUCCUGCCUUCAUCUCCUCUCCCUUCCUGCCUUCAUCUCCUCUCCCUUCCUGCCUUCAUCUCCUCUCCCUUCCUGUCUCAUCUCCUCUCCCUUCCUGCCUUCAUCUCCUCUCCCUUCCUGCCUUCAUCUCCUCUCCAUUCCUGUCUUCAUCUCCUCUCCCUUCCUGCCUUCAACUCCUCUCCCUUCCUGCCUUCAACUCCUCUCCCUUCCUGUCUCAUCUCCUCUCCCUUCCUGCCUUCAUCUCCUCUCCCUUCCUGCCUUCAUCUCCUCUCCAUUCCUGUCUUCAUCUCCUCUCCCUUCCUGCCUUCAACUCCUCUCCCUUCCUGCCUUCAACUCCUCUCCCUUCCUGCCUUCAUCUCCUCUCCCUUCCUGCCUUCAUCUCCUCUCCCUUCCUGUCUCAUCUCCUCUCCCUUCCUGCCUUCAUCUCCUCUCCCUUCCUGCCUUCAUCACCUCUCCAUUCCUGUCUUCAUCUCCUCUCCCUUCCUGCCUUCAACUCCUCUCCCUUCCUGCCUUCAACUCCUCUCCCUUCCUGCCUUCAUCUCCUCUCCAUUCCUGUCUUCAUCUCCUCUCCCUUCCUGCCUUCAUCUCCUCUCCCUUCCUGCCUUCAUCUCCUCUCCCUUCCUGCCUUCAUCUCCUCUCCCUUCCUGCCUUCAACUCCUCUCCCUUCCUGCCUUCAUCUCCUCUCCCUUCCUGCCUUCAUCUCCUUUCCCUUCCUGCCUUCAUCUCCUCUCCCUUCUUGCCUUCAUCUCCUCUCCUUUCAUGCCUUCCUCUCCUCUCCCUUCCUGCAUUCCUCUCCUAUCCCCCUCUCCCUUUCUGUCCUCCCCCCCCUCUCCCUUUCUGUCCUCCCCCCACUCUCCCUUUCUGUCCUCCCCCCCCCUCUCUCCCUUUCUGUCCUCCCCUCCACUCUCCCUUUCUGUCCUCCCCUCCCCUCUCCCUCUCUGUCCUCCCCUCCCCUCUCCCUUUCUGUCUUCCUCUCCACUCUCUCUUUCUGUCCCCCCCUCCCCUCUCCCUUUCUCCCUCCCCCCCCCCCCCUCUCCUUCGUUUGUCUUCCACUUUCAAGCAGAAAAACGCGUUCAUCGCAUUGUCGACUUGGUGGUUGUCCUUCUUACGGGCGUUUCAAGCGAUGUGGUGA